GUAAAAUGGGACAAGCGACCCAAGCCGCAUAUCAAAAAUACCCGACUAAAAUCGACAACAAAUCCGCAGUCCAGUUCCGCCGUAUUCCGUCGCCCCCGGCUUCCUAGUCAUUGGGGGUUUCGACGUCGCGCCACCUGUCCAGCGUUUUGUCUCGAUCGUCACUCUUUUCUUUCAUCACUCUUCAACACUUCAUUAACCAAUCUAAUGUCAACUGGAGCCUACAGUCAACUGGUUUUCAGUCAGAGCCCUGCUUCCCCUCGUUUUUCUUCUUUACACCAAUCAACGAUUGGCUCCUUCAGAGCUCUAGCAUCCAGGCAAUUAUUAAGUAAAAGUCACACAAGUUUUUUACCAGUACGACUUUCUAACACUGUUAGAAGUGCAAUGAAAUCAUAUAAACUCUCUGAGCUUACACCAACUGAGGUUGACAAUCUCAAGGCUCGACCCCGAAUCAAUUUCUCUUCCAUUUUCAGCACAGUCCAGCCAAUUGUUGAUGAUGUUCGCAACAGAGGAGAUGCUGCUGUUAAAGAUUAUACUUUACGCUUUGACAAAGUUGAAUUAGAAAAGAUUAUUGUAAAUGUGAAUGAACUUCCAGAUCCAGAGCUUGAUGAAGCUGUUCGUGAAUCGUUUGAUGUGGCAUACAGCAACAUCUAUGCAUUCCAUGCUGCACAAAAACCAGUGGAGAAAGUUGUCGAGAAUAUGAAAGGUGUGAGAUGCAAACGAGUGGCAAGAAGCAUUUCUUCUGUUGGACUUUAUGUUCCAGGUGGCACUGCAGUUUUACCCUCAACAGCUCUCAUGCUUUCCAUUCCAGCACAGAUUGCAGGGUGUAAAACGAUAGUGCUUGCAACUCCUCCCUCUAGUGAUGGAAGCAUAUGCAAGGAGGUGUUAUAUUGUGCGAAAAAAGCUGGUGUGACUCACAUUCUUAAAGCUGGUGGAGCUCAGGCCAUUUCUGCUAUGGCAUGGGGGACAGCAACGUGUCCUAAGGUUGAGAAGAUUUAUGGCCCUGGAAAUCAGUAUGUGACAGCUGCAAAAAUGAUUCUCCAAAACAGUGAGGCUAUGGUAUCCAUCGACAUGCCUGCAGGACCAUCUGAAGUGCUUGUGAUUGCUGACAAAUAUGCUAGUCCGGUUCACAUAGCUGCAGAUCUGCUUUCUCAGGCUGAGCAUGGGCCAGAUAGCCAGGUGGUUUUGGUGAUUGCAGGAGAUGGUGUGGAUAUAAAAGCCAUUGAUGAAGAAAUCACCAAGCAAUGUAACAGUCUUCCGAGAGGAGACUUUGCUUCAAAAGCUCUUAGCCAUAGCUUUACUGUAUUUGCACGCGAUAUGGUAGAGGCGGUUACUUUUUCUAACAUGUACGCACCCGAACAUCUGAUCAUUAAUGUUCAAGACGCGGAAAAGUGGGAAAGUUUUAUCGAAAAUGCAGGGUCUGUGUUUUUAGGGCAGUGGACUCCAGAGAGUGUGGGGGACUAUGCUAGCGGGACGAAUCAUGUGCUUCCCACUUAUGGAGGAAGGCCUUGCAAAACUUGGUCCUCAUGUGGCAACCAUGGCUCAAGUCGAAGGCUUGGAUGCUCAUAA